CGUUUACCAUGGUUCAUUCGCUCGUGCGAGUCAGUGAAAUGUGCGCCGGCAUACUCGUCGAAUAUGUGCAUUGUUAAUUUUUAGUUUCGGGUAUUGCACUCACCAUUAUCGUGCGCGAGUGUUCUCAACACUCCCGUGCUACUGUCAAUUCGUUUCACAAUUCUUCCGGAAAGAUUCGUUCCACCAUAAACGACGAGUAAGAUGGCAUCAUCGUUGAAACUACUAGUGGGGGGUGCAAGUGCCAUUGGUGCUAGUGCUCUUACUUCUUAUCUAUUAAUGUCCGAUAGCACCGUACACGCGGAUGUACCGAAACCACGACCACCAAAAAGACCAUUGCCAACCAGAGAGGAUCAAGUGAAGACAUUAAAGAAUCACGAGGAAUACGAUGUUCUCAUUAUUGGUGGUGGUGCGACGGGUGCUGGGUGCGCGUUGGAUGCUUGCACACGAGGUUUGAAAACAGCGUUGAUUGAGGGAGAUGACUUUGCUUCUGGUACAUCUUCCAGAAGUACAAAACUCAUCCAUGGAGGAGUGCGUUACUUGCAGAAGGCUAUAAUGCAAUUUGACGUAGAACAGUACAAAAUGGUGAAAGAAGCUUUGCAUGAACGAGCGUCUAUGUUACACAGCGCACCUCACUUGGCUCAUCCUUUACCUAUUAUGUUGCCCGUUUACACAUGGUGGCAAAUCCCUUAUUAUUGGUUCGGUAUAAAAAUGUACGACCUUGUGGCUGGAAGUAAGACAGUAAAGUCGUCGUACUUUCUCAGCAAAAGCAAUGCGUUGGAAUUGUUUCCCAUGUUGAAAGGGGACAAACUCACGGGAGCUAUUGUUUACUAUGAUGGUCAACAGGAUGAUGCCAGAAUGAAUUUAGCAGUCGCACUUACCGCCUCACGACACGGCGCUACAGUCGUAAAUCAUGUUACGGUUGUUAAUCUCUUGAAAGGUCUUGAUAAGGACGGCAAUCGAGUUCUCACUGGCGCUCGUGUGAGAGAUGAACUCACAGGUGAACAGUGGGAUGUGAAAGCAAAGGCAAUAAUAAACGCAACGGGUCCAUUCACCGAUAAUAUCAGGAAGAUGGAUGACCAAGAUGUUAAAUCAAUCUGUUGUCCUUCUUCGGGUGUACAUAUUGUUCUUCCAGGUUACUACAGUCCUGAUCAAAUGGGUUUGCUGGACCCAGCGACGAGCGAUGGCCGAGUGAUCUUCUUCCUACCUUGGCAGAAGCAAACGAUCGCAGGGACAACUGAUUUACCCUGUGAAGUAACGCAUAAUCCACGACCCACAGAAGAUGAAAUCAUGUUCAUUUUACGUGAAGUAAAGAACUACCUCAAUCCGGACGUUGAAGUCCGUCGGGGAGACGUGUUGUCUGCUUGGAGCGGAAUCAGACCCCUUGUUUCCGAUCCUAACAAACCAAACACUCAAUCUCUAGCUAGAAAUCAUAUCGUGCAUGUCAGUCCCACAAAACUUAUCACGAUAGCUGGAGGUAAAUGGACGACGUACAGGGCAAUGGCUGAGGAAACCAUCGACGCAGCUAUCAAUGCUUGUGAUCUAAAACCUGAAAGACCCUGUCAGACAAAUGGUUUUCUCCUCGAGGGAGCUCAUGGUUGGAGUCCGACAAUGUACAUCAGAUUGGUACAAGAUUUUGGCUUGGAGUGUGAGGUUGCGCAACAUCUAGCCAAAAGUUAUGGAGAUCGUGCAUUUGCAGUAGCAAAAAUGGCUUCUCUUACUGGUAAAAGGUGGCCGAUCAUAGGUAAAAAGAUUCAUCCUGAAUUUCCGUAUAUCGACGCCGAGAUUCGGUAUGGAGUUCGUGAAUACGCGAGAACGACAAUUGAUAUGAUUGCAAGAAGAUUGAGAUUAGCCUUCUUGAACGUCCAGGCAGCACAAGAAGCUCUUCCAGCUAUCAUCGAUAUCAUGGCGGAGGAGUUACACUGGACACCAGACGAAAAGAAAAGGCAGCAGAAGCUGGCUACUGAAUUCCUCGCUAAUGAAAUGGGACAAAUGGUCAACCGUGCGUCUCGUGACAAAAUUCCCAUUAAUCUCACGAAGGAGGAAAUUCAAUUGUACAUUAAACGUUUCGGGAUCAUCGACAAAGACAACAAAGGCUACGUUUCCAUUAACGAUAUCAGACGAGGACUUAAGGUACUUGGCAUAAAACUGAACGAAGAUGAGAUGCACACUUUGCUCAAUGAAAUUGAUCUUAAUUACAAUGGGCAAAUGGAGCUACAAGAUUAUCUGCAGUUGUUUGGUGACAAGGAAGUACCUGGUGAAGAGCUUCAUGAAAUACUGCGCGAAAUCGACACUAAUAUGAACGGUCAGGUCGAGUUGGACGAAUAUCUUCAGAUGAUGUCGGCCAUCAAAUCUGGACACGUAGCAUACUCGCGUUUCGCAAGGAUGGCAGAGAUGGAAGAGGCGCAGCACGAGAAAGAAAUAUUGAAUAAACAGAUCAGCGUGGAAAGAUCAGGCGGUGGACUGUAAAAAAGGUUCAUGUUCUGUGCGGCAUUGUACAAUUUCCCGCAAAUACUUCUAAACGCAAUUUACAUGUUCAAAACAUAGCAUUACGUAAAUUCAUUAUGACAGAAUCAUCAUUCACUCUGAAUUUCAAUUGUAGCCCACUCUAGUACAAAUACUUUAGGAUUACUAUUUUAUAGACCUAUUUAUCUUUUUUCGUACUUUAUACAACGACUUUCGUUGCAAUUAGCUUGCUCAAAACGAACGAGAUUAAGCUCAGGAAAAGGAAGAUUUUAUGCACGUAAAUAAAUGUACAUUAAUUACGGCUACGUCAAAUCUUAACUAUUUUAAUGAUCAACUUCGAAAAGAAAAAAAAGAGAACGGACACGACCAUAAUAAGAAUUUCAAUUUUAAUAUGUAAAUAUUUUUGUGUACAGCGUUUUCAGUUUUCAUUAAGCGACAGAACAAAUAUGUUCUAAUUUGUACAUAGAUCCUCAAGUGCACCAGUGUGAUUAAAAGAUGUAUUUAUGACUGUGUAUACCGUUGUAUACCGAGUCGGUACAAUUUUCAGAGAACUAUAUAUACAUAUAUACACGAAUGUGUCGAAUAGUCUUGUGAUUACUUAUUGAUCACAAGCCAAAUACCAUAAUCAUGAAACAUACAUUUCAUAAUUACAAAGGAUUGAUGUCACAGAAAAUUGAACUCUAGCUUAACAGUUUAAAGGACACAAUUUCAUAUAAAGAAAUAUACGAUUUUAUUGUAAGUUUGUUACUGUACAAUUGUAACAAAAUCGUCAAAUACUGUGAACAAUUCCUCAUCUAGGUACACAUUUACAUGUGAUAAUUACACAUGCCAUUGGAUUGUAUGCUUGAUUUUAUUUUUAGAAUAUUCUCGAGGAUGAAUUUAUUUAUAAUUUACGUUAAUUGCUAAUGUAUAUUAGAAAAGAGUCUAUAUAUAUAUGUAUAUAUAUAUA